AUGAGGAUCCGGCUACAUAUUCGCACUACAAUGGAACAAGAACAACUCCUGACUUACUCUUGGCUUCAACCGAAAUCAGUGAGUUUAUUCGAGGCAUUUCCUCUUGGCUUCAAGCGACAUCAGCGAGCAUACACGCCGCACGACGAUCCUGGUUCUGGUCACAAACCAGUCAUUGCUAGUGGAUCCUGGUUCUGGUCACUAACCAGUCAUUGCUAG